AUGGAGUAUUCAUUACAGGAACAUCAUUCUAUCCCAAUGCUGUUAUGCAGCACUCAGCAAAAGUUCCGCAUUAUGCCGAGAGAUCUGCAAGUGCUGGAAGGCACCGAGGCGCUGCUUCGCUGUGAAAUCUACAAUCUCGUCGGUGCCGUGCAGUGGACAAAGGAUGGCUUUGCGCUGGGAUUCUCCCACACCAUCCCCGGCUACCCCCGGUACUCGGUGCUGGCCGAUCGGAACCUCGGUAUCUACAAUCUGCGAAUAUCGAACGCGUCGAUAGAGGACGACGCGGAGUACCAGUGCCAAGUCGGUCCGGCCAAAUUCAACUCGGCCAUCCGCGGCAACGCCCGGCUCACCGUGAUAUCUCCUCCGUCGUCGAUCGAGAUCCAGGGAUAUAGCCGGAACGCGAAGGUGGAGGUACGCGAGGGCCAGGACCUCUCACUGACCUGCGUCGUAUCGAACGCCAAACCGGUCGCCCAGAUAGUCUGGUACCGUGGCAAAACGGAGUUCAAAUCCGAUACGAUCGAGAACAAGGUGACGGAGACAGAGGGCAAACGGUACACGGUGUCUUCGCAGCUCCGCAUCAAGCCUACCGCCGAGGACGACUACAUGGAGUACACCUGCCAGGCGAAGCAUAAGGCGCUACAGCCCGACCGUCCGAUGCAGACGAAGGUGCAGCUUUCGGUGCUCUAUCCCCCGGGUGAGCCACAGAUCGAAGGCUACACCACCGGCGAGGUACUCCGGCGGGGUCAAAAUGUGGAGCUGAUCUGCCGCAGCCGGGGUGGCAACCCGCCGGCCCAGCUGAUCUGGUACAAGAACGACGUGCAGGUGCGGAUGGCCUACCGGACGACGGAGCGGCUGUCGGAGAACAUCUACUCGUUCGUCGCCGAAGAGGGAGACAAUAAGGCGCGGUUGCGCUGCGAGGCCAACAACGUCAUGAUUUCGGCACCGCUCAAAACCGAAAUUACCCUCAGCGUGCUGUUCGCACCGACCCACGUCACCAUUUCGGGAGCCUCCGAGGCGCGCACCGGAGACCAGGUAUCUCUGCAGUGCCAAACGGCACCCUCGAACCCAGCGGCGGAAGUAAAGUGGAGUGUCAAUGGGCAUCACGUGAAAAACACCACCUCCAGGACGAUCGAGAAUCCAGACGGAGGGUGGAUGACCAUCUCCAACCUUAGCGUGCCGGUGGAGGCGAACAAACGCUCGCUGGUUGUGAUAUGCCACGGACUGAACAUGCAGCUGCCGGAGAACAUCAUCUCGACGCACACCGUGAACGUGCUGUUGCCUCCUAGUCAACCAGUAAUAACGGGCUACACGGAGGGAACGGUCAUCCCGGCCGGAUCGGUGCAGCGCCUCCAGUGCAGCUCGACCGGCGGCAACCCUUUGGCGACGCUGACCUGGUUCAAAAACGAUAAAAAGCUAAACUCCGUCACAAAAACCACCGAUAAGUCGGUUUCGUCCGAAAUCUCGAUACUGGUCAAUGCGACGGACAACCAGGCCAAGUACCGGUGCGAGGCGCAUAACUCGGCCACCGAAAUACCGAUGUCGGCCGCCAGGACCCUUGCCGUCAACUUCCCACCCGAGACGGUGAAAAUCAAAAUCAUUCCACCGGAGCUUAAGCCCGGCAUCGAAGCGACACUGAUCUGCGACUCGAGCUCCAGUAAUCCGCCCGCAACGAUUUCGUGGUGGCGCGACGGCAUCGCGGUCGACGGCAUGAACAACUCAUCCAAGCCGGGCCUUUGGGGAGGCUACGUAUCGUCGCUCGAGCUGAAGGUGAACAUCAGCCAGGACAUGGAUGGCAACGUGUACACGUGUCAGAGCGCCAACGAGGAACUCCAGCGCAACGUGCACGAAGCCAUCAAGUUGCAGGUGCUAUAUCCGCCCAAAUUCAAACCGCCGCCGUCGUCCACCGUCGUCGGCGCAGAAGGUGAACCGCUGACCGUCGCCAUGGUGGCCACCGGCAACCCGAUGUCCAUAUCGUACACCUGGACCAAGGAUGGUCUACCGAUCCUCUCCACCGCAGGGCCACAACGAAUCGUCUCCGAGGGACCGAUCCUGAACAUCACCCGGCUCAACCGGAACGAUACCGGCAUCUACACUUGCGAAGCUGUCAACUCCCAAGGGUCGGCGAUGAUUAAUAUUUCCGUCGUAGUUGAGUAUGGCGCAUCGAUACAGUCCAUAUCAGAGAACGUCACCGUCAGCCCCGGAGAGGAGGCGAUGCUUUCGUGCACCGUGGAAGGAAAACCAUUAACGGAGGAGCACAUUCGCUGGGAGCGCAUCGGAUACGAUAUGACCAUCAAAACGUCCACCACGUUCGUCAACGGGACCAGCUACCUGCACGUGAAGAACGCCCGCCGGGAGGAUGUCGGCAAUUUCCGCUGCAUCGCCGAUAAUCGCGUCGCCAAUCCGACCAGCCGGGAUGUUUUAUUGAUUGUGAAAUUUGCACCGGAGAUCGAUAAAUCACCGGUGAUGCUGCGAGCGGCGGCCGGUUUUGGCGAACGGGCCCGCCUCCCGUGCCGCGCCCAGGCCGCCCCCCGGCCGAAGUUCUACUGGUCCCGGUCCGGGCAGGUGUUGAACGUGAACCAGUCGGCCAAGUUCUACGUCGAGUACAAGCAGAUCGACGCGCUGACGUACGAGUCGACGCUGGUGGUGGAGCGCGUGGCGUCCAACGACUACGGCCAGUACGAGUGCAUCGCCCGGAACGAGCUGGGCAACGCGAAGGAGAAGGUUCGGCUCGACGUAACCUCCCCGCCGGACCCACCAGUCAGCCUGAACGUGCUGAACGUGACGCACGACUCGGUGACGCUGGCCUGGACGCCCGGAUUCGACGGCGGGAUGAAGGCCAACUACCGCAUCCGGUACCGGGAGGUGAACAGCGAUCGCUACUGGUACGAGGACAGCCAGCCGAACUCCUACAAGCUGACGGUCGGCGGUCUGCGGAUGAACACACUCUACGUCUUCUCCAUCAUGGCCUCGAACGGGCUCGGGUCCAGCCGCUACCUGCCGGACGUGACGCGUGCCCACACCAAAGACACACCACCAUCGCAGCCUGCCUCGUCUUUGGGUAGCAAAACGGCCACCUCUCAGGCAACCGGCGGCACCAUCGGCGCAUCCGGUAUCGUGCUGCUAAUCGGUGUCGCUGCCGGCAUCUGUCUCGUCCUUCUCAACAUCAUCCUGAUUGGCUGCUGCAUUCAUCGGCGCACCGUCCACAAGCGCAUCAAGCGGGGCGAAACGCUGUCUAGUGUCUCGGAAAAGAGUGACGCUUACUCAACCGACGCUAAUCGUCCCGACUACACGGACGACACGACCAGCAAAUCCGCUUCGACAUAUCUCGUGGAAAACGGGGACAUGCCGCCGCCACGCUACCAGAAGGAAGGCACACUUCCGCCGUACCCUAACAAUAUCAAUGGAGCUUACGCACGUACCUUGCCCCAUCCGCGCCAUAACCCGGUGAACUAUCAGCAGCGAAGCCACGACGAUCAGAUGAUCGAGCGUAGUAGCUACGUAACCGCUCCGUCCCCAGGACCUCCGUUCGACGGGUCCUACUACAACAUGAACAGUGACCGCUACCUGUCAUAUCCUCCGAUGCAGGACUACUCGGCCAUGGAAAUGUCGACACCUCCGCCUCCGGUGAUACCGGCCCUACCAAAGAACACCGGGACGCUGACGCGAGCGUCGCGGCCUAUGGUUCCGCCGCCGGACGUCACCUACCACGCGCAGUCGGUCGUUAACGAGAGUUCGUCCUCGCCACAGCAUAUGAGCAGUAGCCUGAGCAACGCCGGUCCGCCUCAGCCGGCUCCCAAGCCGCUGCAGGGUAUCCUGAAGGACCCGAAGCGUAACAGCAGCGCCAGCAACAGUAGCCAACAUCAGCAGCUACAGCAUGGUGGCCCCCAGCUCAUCGCUGUCCAGGCUCCGUCACCGGUGCCGUUGGGGUUGAGUGGAGUUCCCACCGGGAUUCCGCUGGUCGGUAGCACCUUCCUGGGUACGGCUACCUCCGGAAGCGGGUCGAAUGGGGGAGCCGGCUCGAGCAGCCUGGGAAAUAGUCUGCUGAUCGGAACGUACGACCCGAGCAGCACCAACCUGAGCUCCUUCAAUGCGUCCUUCGGCUUCACCGAUGCCGAUGGCCAUCUGGUGUAGGUCGGGGCACUGCUUAACGACACGUCUUCAGCGGCUACAAUCCUGCAACUCCGCUUUGCCAAAAACACCGACCCGC